AUGUCCGAAGACACGGCACACAAUGGCGGAAAGGAUGUUGCAUCGAAGGAAUCAGAAGACGACAGAUUAACCAACUCUGACGGCUCAGCGCCUCGCUCGCCGCACAAAUCCCCCAUUGCUCGGGUUGGCACUCACGAGCAUGAUUCUCCACCGAAAGAUCAAGAAUCUGUGGAACGUACUAGUGAGCAUAAUGCGCCGCAGCAGGCUGAAGCAUUCCCAAGCACCAACACCAAGGCUUGGGUAGUCCUCAGUAACAAAUGGCCGCCUGCAAAUGGAGCUUCUGAACCGAGACAACACACUUAUUUUAAUGAGCUAAGAAUGAGUCGAGGAGUUUUCCAGUCUCAGGCAGAGGCACGACACCAGGCACAGCGGAUUAUGGAAUCAAAUAUAGUGAAUCGGAGCGCGGGUGGAGACGAUUACCUUCAACACGAUGUUGGCUGUGAUGAAGAACCGGUAUGGACGAAGGUUGAAGCGACCGAGCUGGCCCCUGGAUUGAUGUUCGUCGAUACUCGUGACGGCCCAGAUGGUAACGCUGGGAGCCAUGAUGACAAUCAAGCACAAGGGAAGGACGAUGCAGCCAAAGAGAGUGAUGCUUUACGAGAGAACAACUCGCCAAACGAAGUUGACGCAUCAGCUCGACCAGACAACGGGGAAGGGAGCAGUACUGCUGCAAAAAGCAAGACGAAAGGCCUUAAGAGCCCUCGGAGGGACGGAAAAGAGGCUCCAACAAAAGAUGCGACAGAAAGUGCAAUAAUGCAAGCAGAAAAGACCCCCGAAACACGACUCGAAAAACCUCGAAAGCGAAGCUUGCCCACCAUCUCCAUUCAAGACACAGAAGUAGCACAGGACCCGGAGACAGAGACGCAUCUUGACAAGCCAAAGGCGAAGAGAGCUAGAGUUCAAGUAGAUCGCCCUUCGACAAAACAAAUCGCGAAGCCGACAAGACAAGCGCCCCUACGAGCUGCGAAGCAGACUACCUCGAAGGCGGCAAGACAACCUGCCAUCAGACCUGCAGGACAACUUACCUUAGAGGCAGCACCUACCAAUAUACCUAUAGGACAACGUACUUCUAAGGCUGCAAGGCGCUAG